AUGCGAUUAUUUGCUUUUUCGUUCCGUCGCACGAUUUUAUUAUUUCAUGAUUCAUUUGGUAUCGCAACUAAUUGCAGGAUAUCACCACAAAUUAGACCAGAAAAUCGAAUCAUUUUAUUUUCUACACAAGCAGUUACGAAAAAUGAUACAAUUACAAAAGACGUCACAACUGACAAUGCUAAAGAUAACAUGAGAUUGGUAUUCGAAAAAAUCCUGAAUAGAUGUUACAAGUGGGAAUUAGAUUUGGAUAUAGUUUGGGUUGCAUGCACCAUUGCACCGAUCUCUUUCUUUUACAUGGAUGAUCCUACUUUCAAAUCGUUUGGUAUUACUAAAGAACUUAUGGCAGCCGCAUUCAUGGCAAGCGCAACGUCAACAUUCGUGAUUCAUCAUUUUUUUUCUCGAUAUGUCACGAAAAUUUAUCUUCACCAACCUAAAACACUUUCCACAUUAUUCACACCGACUACAAUUAAUCCCUAUACAAAAAUGACAAUAGAAACCAGAUCUUUAUUCGCAUUACCUAAACUCACAACUGUAGAAUUACGACAUCUAAAUCCAUUGAAUCAAAGUUCUAUCACAUGGAGUGUAAAAAAAAAAUAUUUGAGUUUUUGUAAGGAAAAAGGGAUUAAGCCACCUGCACAAAAAAAAUUUUGGAUUGAUUAUGAAAGUUCCAAAAAUAAUAAGAAUGAUAUGGAAAUUGUUAAAAAAAUUGUGCAUGUUAUAAAUGAAAGUCGUACGUAG